GGCUGUCUCUGUGCUGGGACGAGCUCAUGGACAUUGGAUUGCCUUGACUAUCUGCCAGCACCACACGAAGGUGAUGAAUGAAGCGGUGAGAGUGUCUCUGUACCUUGCAAGCUCCUGGCUGACGCAGCCACAGACGCGCAAAGCGAAAGUCUACAGAGAGACUACUACUGCUGCUUCUUCCCGGGACGAUAAUAUCAGCCACGAGCAUGACGUUGCCCACGGAGUGUCAUCUGCUCGCGUCGAUAACGAGAAUACCCACUGCGAGACACCCGCUUCCAUCUUCUCUGAAGACAAUGGUAUUGACUAGGCUGCAUCGAGAGUUUUGCAGCCAAGUUCGUCUCAGCACAAUGUGAGCCUAUCAUGCGGAGCAAACAUUGGCUAACAAGAUGUAGCGUCAAGCAAACAAGAGCUCUCAUGUUUCCAGGGCAAGUCCGUCCCAUCUUUGAUGUUAUAAGACUGACCAGUGGCCAGAAGUCAAGCAAAGAUCGAUCUGCCUCCUCGUCUCGCAAGCAAGCAAACAAGGCGCGCAAGUCUGCCAAGAAGGCCAAGAAAGCGGCAGCACGUCUGUAGUGUGUCGUAGAUGGUCUAGUUGCUACACCUAUUGUCGUUACAGCAUCUAUUGAGCUCACCCGUUGGCAGGUGGUAUCCUCUGGU